UAUCAAGUUACAUACCUUUCUUUCCUAGGUAAUUUUUCUUCAUUGAAACAGUUUGACAAUGUUCCCCACAGCGAGAUGCCUCGCCGCCAAACCUUCGGGUUUCAUCAAGCGCAGCGCAGACGAGCUCAGCCGGCUGUCGAAGAUCGCAUGGAACUCCGAAGCCCUCCACACCCCCACAAAGCCCUACGUCUUCCUCGACUUCGAGGAUGAAUCCACCGUCGCGGGCUGCAAGACCAUGGCGGACCGCGUCGUCGGCGGCUUCAGCACUGCCAAUUUGGACUACGAGCCUGCGGACCCGGCGUCGCACUCACCGGCCCAUGCGCGCUUCCAUGGGAGUAUUUCGACGAGGCUGCCGAAUAAUUGGAGGGUUGAGCGCACGGGCUACGCAGCCUUCCGCAACAGAGACCGCGGCAUGUGGCUCUUCGGCCGUCUAUACUGGGACAUCGACCCCUACACGUAUCUCGCGCUGCGCAUCAAAUCCGACGGCCGUCGCUACACGGUCAACAUCCAGACGGACUCGAUCGUCGAGACAGAUAUCCACCAGCACCGUCUCUACACGCGCCACCACCGCGUCCAGGACGCUGAAUUCUCCUCCUCCUCUUCCUCCCCCUCAUCAUCAUCCACACUCGACGACCCUUCCCUCGCCGAGUCGCUCUACCCACAAGGCAUCCCCGCCGCCCUAUCCGACGUGCCGCCGGAGGAAACCGUCUUCGCCUCCUCCCCUACUAGUACGACUGCCUCCGACUCGGGAUGGGAAACCGUCCUCCUCCCAUUCAACUCCUUCGUCCGCACAAACCAUGGCUACGUCACCGAGCCGCAGACGUCUCUGCUCCGUCAGCGCGUGAAGAGUAUCGGUAUCGGUCUGACGGACCGUAUCGACGGGCCUUACGACCUGCGCAUUCAUCGGAUCUGGGCCACGAACGGGAUGAGCGAGUCUGAAAUCGAAGAGGAGAGACGCAUCUGUGGUGAAAAUGCCUUGCAUGUCGAUGAGGGCGUACGGACGGGCUGGACGGGCGAUACCGUUGGUCAGGAAGUUGCUCCUUCUGCUGAUGCUGGUGCUGGUGGUGCGCGCGCGGAGCCUAAGGCGAAGAAGGGUUUGAAGGGGUUGAAGGAUGAGUGGGAGGAGUAAUUCUUGCUCUUUCUUUCGUUUCUGGUCUUGUCGUCAAAAGAAGAUUAGGAUCUGUGUUCGUGUAGAUUGGUCGGCUUCGAUACCACUUUUGCAUUCUCUGUAUAAAAUCUAAAAAACUACAGUUUCUGAAGAA